UACCACGCUACCGCUGAUUAAACACGGCUGUCUUUAUAACGUGUCUUGCAAUUACGUGAUCAGAAAGGUACAUUUGUGAAAGGAUUGAUCCGCAAGUACUGAAUACAUUUGCAUUUAAUUAGUAAAUAUGGUACUCGAUAUAGAAUGCUUCCGAGCAGAUAAAGGAGGAGAUCCAGAUAAAGUUAGAAAAAAUCAGGUUAAAAGAUUUAAAGAUCCAUCUCUGGUCGAUAAGGUGGUGGAAGCAGACACGAAGUGGAGAAAACUUAGGCAUGAAUUGGAUAAUUGGAAUAAACUAAAAAAUAUUUGCAGCAAGGAAAUUGGUAAGAAAAUGAAAAACAAGGAGCCUGUUGGUGAUGAUCCGAAUUUGCCUGAUGGCAUUUCUUCAGAUCUAAGUGUCAUAAAUUCUGAUUUGCUUCAGAAAUUGACUGUCACACAAAUUAAAAAAGUUAGCUCUCUCAUGGAUGAUGAAAUGGUUCGUUGCAACCAAGAAUUAGUUAAAUAUGAAGAAAUUCGUCAUACUUCUUUAAAAGAAAUAGCUAAUUGGUUACAUGAAUCUGUACCAGUUAGUAAUGACGAAGAAGAAAAUGAAAUUAUCAGGACUUGGGGGGAUACUACCAGUAGGAAGAAGUAUUCUCAUGUUGAUUUAAUUACGAUGAUAGAUGGAGUGGAUAGUGAGCGUGGUGCUGUAACUGCUGGUGGCAGAGGUUAUUAUCUUUUAAGUGCUGCUGUUUUUCUAGAACAAGCUUUAAUACAGUUAGCUCUGAGAAUGUUGUAUGAAAAGAAGUAUAAACCUCUUUAUACGCCUUUUUUUGUUCGCAAAGAUAUUAUGCAAGAAGUAGCUCAGUUGAGUCAGUUUGAUGAAGAACUGUACAAAGUCAUUUGUAAGAGCAGUGAAAAAGGUGAUGGUAAUAUGGAUGAAAAAUAUCUAAUUGCCACAUCUGAACAGCCAAUUGCAGCAUUUCAUAGGGAUGAAUGGUUACCUAUUGAAUCGUUGCCUAUUAGAUAUGCAGGAUUAUCAUCUUGUUUUAGGCAAGAAGUAGGCUCUCAUGGACGAGAUACUAGAGGUAUAUUCAGAGUUCAUCAGUUUGAGAAAGUUGAGCAGUUUUGUAUAACCUCCCCUCAUGAUAAUAAAUCAUGGGAAAUGUUUGAUGAAAUGAUUUCAAAUGCUGAAGAAUUUUGCAAAGCACUUCAAAUUCCAUAUCGUGUUGUGAAUAUUGUGUCUGGUGAGUUGAACAAUGCUGCAUCAAAAAAAUAUGAUAUUGAAGCAUGGUUCCCUGGCUCUGGGGCUUUCAGAGAAUUAGUGUCUUGUUCAAAUUGUUUAGAUUAUCAAUCAAGACGUCUCCAGGUCAGAUAUGGGCAGACAAAGAAGAUGAAUGCGCAAGUGGAUUAUGUCCAUAUGUUAAAUGCUACAAUGUGUGCUACUACAAGGGUGAUCUGUGUAAUUUUGGAGAACUUUCAGACUGAAACAGGGAUAGCUGUUCCAGAAGUUCUGAAACCUUUUAUGCCCCCAGAUCUGCAAGAUGAAAUUCCAUUUGUCAAACCAGCUCCUAUUGAGGAAGCUGAGACCAAAAAGCAGAAAAAACAAAAAGAAGGCAUGAAAACUAAAGCGGCUUAAGUUAACCUCAGCAUGCAAUAUUUAGCUUUUAAAUAGAUAUUAGAAUAAUUUGGUUAUAAAUUGUUUAUAACAUUUGCAUUAUUUAAUUAAAGUCAGACAUACUUUUCUCUAAAUAUUAACUACUUUCAAAUUAAGUUCAGAAAUUUAUCAUUUUAUAAAAGGACAGAAUUGUAUUUGACACAAAAAUUACUAAAAUAUUGUGAGCUAUAAAAAUCAAUAAGUUGAAAAUAUAUUCUGUUCAUGCUGUUGAAGGGAAAUUCUGUAGAAUUCAUUAGCUUUAUGAAAUCCUGUCUGGUUUUUAUUUACGUGACCAUGAUAAAUUUUUCGAUUCUAUCACCCAUAUUGACUCUGUGGUGAUUUUAUUCCUUUCAUUUAUAUAUGUGAUAAAUUGAUCACUAUAAUAACGAUGUGAUAAGGGAACACAAAUGUGUUAGCAUUCAUUCUCUUCUUUUCAGUAUUGAAUUUACAAAUAAUUUACUUUUAUAUGUAAUAAAACUAUUUCAUCUUAAAAAUAGUUUAUCUGUUGUAUUUGUUUUAGGUUUUGAUAAAGUUAGUUUUUCUGGUGGAUUUGAUUUAGUUUUCGAUAAAUUAAUUCAGUAUAAUUUAUUAAUUCAUAUUUUCUUUUUAUCUACAGACUGUGUUCACAUUAUUAAUGUAUAAAAAGAUUAUUUUAUAUUUAUUUGUGUUAAAAAUUAUUUAGAAUUUAAUGAAAAUACUUUAUUAAAAAAUUCAUACAUAAAUAUUGUACUUAUUUAUAAUAAAAUAAUUAAGUAUGCAUAAUAAGACCAAGAUGUUUUAUAUGAAUAACAUAUAAAGUGAAAGAACUAACUUUCAUCUCUUUUGAAUUAAGCAAUGCUCGUGUAAGGCUUAUAUUUCUUUUAGAAUGUGCUAUGUAUACAUUCCUGCUUUUACUUAUGGCUUAGGUUGAACAUUUAUGGCUGAUAAUAGAAUAAGAAACUGGCAUUGACAUAUAUACCAUUUGUGUAAUGUCAAUAAACACUAAAUAUAUGUCUGGAUUCUUUAUUUGUAAGGUAAUGAAAUUAGCAUGAAACAUGUAUUUUGACAAUUAAGUAAAGAUCUGAAAAGUUUAUAUUGUUUUAUAAUCAGUAUUGAACAAUGAGAGUUUUAACAAAGAUCUCUGACUUUAAGAAGGCAAUAUAAAUAUCUUAUAAAAGGAAAGUAUCAAAUUCUAAUUUAAGUGGUGUACUUAAAAAAAAAGAAAAAUGAAAAAUUGCUUAAAGUAAGGAGAGAAUUUUAGUAUGUGAAACAAUUUAUUCCAGAAGUUAACAUAUAUUAUUUUCUAUUUUUAUGUCAGUAUGUUUCUUAGUAUGUUUGUGAUGAUUAAAAAAAAAUUUUUUUUAUACAUAAAGUUUAGGAUUAAAUCUUAAAGAGUUCUGUAUUUAAUAGGAUUGUCAUGAAUCUGAAAUAUGUUGUACAGAUGAAGAUAUUUUUGUGGAAAAAAAUGUUCAUUGAGCUUAAAGCUAAUUCAGCCUCAGUUCUAAUAAAGUUUCCAUAAUGACUUGAGUUUUCAUUAUGCUAUUAGGAAUUUCAUUUUAAAGUUUUCCUGUUAAAGCCCCAUUUCAAAUUGAGAAAACAAUUUUAUGUUUUAAUAUGAAAUUAAUGUUACUUCUUCGAUGUCUUAUGUGUCUGAAUAUAACAAGCAUUAAAAAUCACUUUCAAUUCUUCA